CGGGGCGACGGUCGCGCUGGCUGGACGGGCCCGGGGAAGCGUGCGGUGGGGCUCGGGCAGUAUACUGGAUCCUAAUGAAGCUUUUCAACCUUACCGUGAGGAACGUGGUUUCUCAAGUAUAUUGCGGGCUUAAACUUGCUCCAGCCAAGAAAGAAAGGGCAUACUUUGAAAUGGCACGACCCAGUUCAAAUAUGACUGAAUUUCGAGAAAUAUUUGCUAAAGCAAAACAUAUAGCUAUUAUCACAGGGGCUGGAAUCAGUGCAGAGAGCGGUGUUCCAACUUUCCGAGGUGCAGGAAGCUUUUGGAGGAAAUGGCCUGCACAAGAACUGGCUACCCCAGAAGCUUUUGCACGGAAUCCCUCUAGGGUGUGGGAAUUCUAUCAUUACCGCAGAGAAUUAAUGAUGACCAAACAACCAAACCCCGCACACCUUGCCAUAGCAGAGUGUGAGGCUAAGAUAAGCAAGCAAGGCAGGAGUGUUGCAAUCAUCACACAAAACAUCGAUGAACUCCACAAAAGAGCAGGAUCAAAGCAUGUUUUAGAAAUUCAUGGUAGCUUAUUCAAAACCCGAUGCACCAGUUGUAGAAACGUUGUGGAGAAUUACAACAGUCCAAUCUGUCCUGCUUUAGCUGGAAAAGGUGCUCCAGAUCCUGAAACUGAAGAAGCUACUAUUCCUGUGGGAGAUCUCCCUCGAUGCGAACUGUGCAAUGGCCUCUUGCGACCUCAUGUUGUAUGGUUUGGAGAAACUUUGGAUUCUAAUAUCCUUACAGAGGUUGAAAAAGAACUUGAGAUAUGUGAUCUUUGUUUGGUGAUUGGAACUUCUUCUGUAGUGUAUCCUGCUGCUAUGUUUGCUCCUCAGGUAUCUGCCAGGGGAGUGCCAGUUGCAGAAUUCAACAUGCAGAGCACUCCAGCAACGGAUAAAUUCAGAUUCCAUUUCCCGGGUCCCUGUGGUACUACGCUGCCCCCAGCCCUUGCCUAUAAAGAAACUUGAAUGUUUAUGAGAACUAAAAAAGAGAAAAACUAUAAUUGCCUAUUUCAGUAAUGGUGCAAAUCUAAAAGGAACCUGUUCUCCUUUGGAAAACGCCUUGCCUGAAACUGAACAAUGGAAUCUGAAGAUGACGUUGAACAAAAUAAAUCAUGAUUCUCAGAUGACAAGAACGAGCAGUGGAGAAGGAUGAUGGACAGUGACAGGAAAAGUGGUUAUCGCUUUUUUGGGGAGGGGGGAAAUCAUGUGAAUUGAAAGUAUAAAUAUACAAACUGCUCAAACGUAUGAAAAAGAUAUUUGUACUCUAUAGAGUUUUCAGAUUGUAUCUUGGAUAAAUGUCAAGCAAAACAAGGAUGUUACCAUUAGUCAUAUUUCACAAAAUUAUCUUCUGAAAACGGGGGUAAAAUUCUGAAAAUUUUAAGAAUAAGCUAGCUUUUAAUAGAGCCUACACUCCAGUACUUUGCAGAAAAUCAAUAAACGAAAGUAUUCUUUGCUAUGAGAUGAUGCUCUCUAAUGGGUUCAAGAUUGUAAGCAAUAUAAAAAUAGUAGAUUAAUAACUUCAAUUUGCAUAUGGUUGCCUACUUUAAUUUCACUUCCAGAGUUGAAUGAAUAUAUGUAUGAACCUAAAUACAGCUUUUAAUUCUUUGCUGUCCUGAGGCACUAAAAUAAAUCGAUGCCUUUUUAAUUGA